AAACUUGGUGUACUGCAGCUGAAUACCCAGUUCUACAGGCUGCCUGGCGAUUUCGGUAAUCCGAAAUCGUACACUUAUCCAGUAGUCAUAUCCAUCGUCGAAGUAGCCAUCCGGGAGACGGUAGUGCUGGGUGGAAGGGAAGGACAAAUGGCGUUGGUAGACGCGUUUGUUAAAGAGGGAACAAGACUGAUGAAAGAGGAGAACGUCACAUGUUUAAUUACAAGCUGCGGUUUCAUGGCUGCAACGCAGAAAGAGCUUGCUGAGAGGAUGCCCAGUGAUAAAUUAAUUCCUAUCGGUACCAGCGCACUAUUACAAGUUCAAUGGCUCCGGGAGCUAUUUGGCGGGGCACCUGACACAGUUGGGAUACACUCUUAUCCGGGUAUCUCCUGUGAAAACUCUAAUUAUGUUGUACAAAAUGGUGAAAUGGUCACUAUUUAUAAUUUCAAUACGUACCGAACGGUUCCGUUCCUUAUGGUGUGUCCCGAUGUACAUUGGCAGGAUAUAUCUAUUGUGGACCCCCGGAAGGCCUACAACCUCAGUUGA